AUGAUCAUCCAGAAGCCCCCAUCACUGGCUGAAAUGCUUGAAGACUUGAAAUUCGACGACGAGGAGAUGAAAGAGGCAGCAGAGAGUGCUGAUGAAGAGCCAAUGCAGGAGUAA